UGGAAAUCAGCGGCACACGGAUCUCCCGUCUUAACACGCUGUGGUUCUCUUUUCCUUGUCUGCUUCACAUCCACCAUGUGUGCAUCUCGUUUGGAUGCCACCAGACCCAGGAUGUCCCGGUGCAGAAGACAGGUCAGUGAGGACCCAGAUAUCGAUAAUCUCUUGGCCAACCUGUCUCCCGAAGAAAUGCAGGAAUUAGAAAAUGAACUGGACGAAAGGGAGCCAGAUCCUAACAUCCCCGUGGGGCUGAGGCAGAGAAACCAGACUGAGAAGCAACCAACCAAGUGCUAUAAUCGGGGAGCGAUGCUGGAUUACUGUGAGAGGGAAACCAAGAAGAUGAUUCAGAGAGAGCUCUCUGUUGAGGAAUGUCCCCAAUCGAAAGGAAAGCAAUCAAAAAAGAGUGAUGCAGACAAUCAGAAGGCCAGUGAAACAAAAAAAGAAAACCUGAAGGAAGAUCAUCCAAAACCUACUGGACGAAGUCGAGAUGAAAGAUUGAAACGUUCAAACAGCAAAGGCAAAGAGGAUCAGAACAUCAGUGUCAGAGAGAGCCAGAGAGCCAAGAGAGAGCCAGAAAAAUGUAAAGAAAAGGAAAUUCAAAAUUAUAGCAAGAAGGAGGACCGUCCAAGAUCUUCACGGCAAAAUCAGGACGAUAAACUGAGUCGGUCCAACAGUAAAGAGAUAAAGAGUGAAAAAGUGGCCGACAGACUGCCUGACAAGCCCAAGGGAAAUGAAACUAAAAAUGACAGCAAAGGGAAAGUUGCCCAGAAAUCCACAGAACGCAGUCAAGAUGAACGAUUGAGAUGGUCCAACAGUAAAGAGAUCAAGAGCAGUCAAAAAGAGGAGCCGCCUUCAAGAAACACAGGGACACGUCAGAGCGUUCAGACAUCGCCUAAUAAAAAUGAUGAGCAGGUGGCUGGUACUGAGAAGCACAGCUCAGACAUGCAGGCCAACAAUGUUGCCAAUGCCAAGCCAUCUGUAAGUAUGUCUGAAAAUGCCGCAGAAGCCAAAGGAAAAGAAGAAGAAGAGGAGGCUGCUCCCAGUAUCUUUGAUGAGCCCCUGGAGAAGGUGCGUGCCAAUGACCCAGAGAUGACAGAACUGAACGUGAAUAACUCAGAUGUCAUCAACAAUGACACACUGAUACGCUUUGCCGAGGCUCUUAGGGACAAUACACACGUCAAAAUCUUUGCUUUGGCUAACACUCGAGCUGAUGACCACGUAGCGAUAGCCAUCGCUGCCACACUGAGGACAAACAAAACCCUGGUCAGUGUCAACCUUGAUUCCAAUCAUCUCACAGCCAAAGGAAUCAUAGCCCUUGUCCGUGUCCUACAGGACAACUCCACCCUGACAGAACUGCGCUUCCACAAUCAGCGGCACAUCUGCGGUGGCAAGACAGAGAUGGAGAUGGCCAAAAUCCUAAAGGAGAACUUCACGUUGCUGAAGCUGGGCUAUCAUUUUGAGCUGGCAGGUCCACGGAUGACUAUGACCAACAUUUUGAGCAGGAAUAUGGACAAACAAAGGCAAAAGCGGCUUCAGGAGCAAAAGCAGGCUCAAGGAGACUGCGAUAAGAAGGGAACUUUGGAAGUUCCCAAGCAAGGGGGCUUUGCAAAGGGAUCUCCAAGACCUUCACCUCAAUCAUCUCCAAGAUCUUCACCUUGGUCGUCUCCCAAAGUUUCUCCUAAGAAAAUGGGUGGCGCUGCAGGGGUCGGGAGUCCCCCGCCCCCUCCCCCUCCCCCACCAGUGCCACCUCUCAAUGGGGAAGCCCUGAGGAACUCACUGACGCCGGCAUCUGAGAGAAAGCUGGAGGAGCGGGCAUCACUGCCUGCACAAGAGAAGAACCAGCGGGACCAGCUGUUGGCCUCCAUCCGCACCAGCAACAUUAAGCAUCUUAAAAAGGUGCCAGUGCCAAAAAUAUUACAAUGAGGAACCCCUUUGACCGAGUCAAGGACAUCUUUCCGUAAAGAACUAAAUGAGGAAAUGCAGUCUGGUAAAAUGAUGAAGACAAAGGUCCAGGUCCAAGACAUGGCGGACUGACUUAAAACUUAGGAUAAGAAACAAAAUUGGGCCAGGAAACAAGAAAAUGGAACGUAGGAUUUCUGAAUAAGUUCUUCUUCAUAGUGUUUUU